UAUGACGAAUGCGAGUUCGGAAACGCGGUCAGCAUAUUGAAGUCUACGUGCCAUGCACUUGUGUGGUGGCAGUUAAACCGUUUUCAGGGGGGUGUGCGCAGUGAGGGCGACCCAUGGCGCCAGACCAGGCAGGAAGACAGCACGACGACGAGGACGACGACGACCUAUCGGACGACGAGGUCUUCGUCAGGGGCCGAUGCCACGAGAACGGACUGAGCAAGCCUCUGAUGGCGCCGCGGCCCCGGGUACAGGGCAGGGCCCGAAGAGGGCCUCCCCUCCUCCUGGGGCCCUUUUGCUAUACGGUCAUCGGCGUCAUGGCUGUUCUAGGCAUCAUCUGUCUCGUGAUCUUCGUUGUGAAUGCAUUUGUGAAUCACAUGAAACGCGGCGAACUACGAGGGAAGUCGUCGUCUUCCGCGGAGUCCUUUCCAAGUUGUGCCGCCAUUGGCGUCCAAGACGUCUGGCACAAGACGCUGCCCAUGCUGACGACGGAAACUGCUUUUCGACAUGUCGACGUCAACCAGGACCACGUGCUAGACGUCGUCUUCGCAUUCGGAACAGGUGCAGACGCCUACCAGUACCCUCGGGUGGUGUGCUCCGUUUACUUUUCGGAGAGCGAGUGGUGUGGCGGCGGUGUGGCUGCGCUCAAUGGAAAGACCGGAGAAGAAAUGUGGAGGAUCUAUGUGGCCCAUGAACUGUUUGCUCUAAACUGUGAACGGGAUUUAGACCACGACGGCAUCAGAGAUUGUGUCGCUGGUGGACGCAUGGCGGGAAUGUACGCUAUCAGUGGACGCAGUGGGUCUCUCUUAUGGAGCUUCCAAGACGAGGAAGCCAGAAUCAACACGUCCAACGUUUACACACCCCAGUACAUUCAUGACGUCGACACCGACGGUGUUCCGGACCUCGUCGUCGUCCACGGCGGGGAUCCGUUGAAAGAACCCGGGUCCCGAACCCGUCUUGUCGGCCGCCUCAUGGUCGUAAGCGGACGGCAUGGAAGGAUACUGCGCUGGGUACCGGUGCCAGACCGUCGGGAGAGUUAUUAUUCUCCGCAGGUCCUGCAGCACCCAGACGGUACGCAGCUCGUUCUCUUCGGAACCGGAGGAGAGACGCACGGAGGGUCGCUGUGGUGCAUCCGACUUGGGGACUUGUUAGCUGGUCGCAUAUCCUUGGCGAGAGCAUUGUAUACGGACCGCUACAAGGGCGUGAUGACACCACCCGCCUUGGCUGACUUGACUGGCGAUGGCGUUCCAGAUAUCGUCAUGGCCAUGUUCAAUUCUACGGUUGUCGUCUUCGAUGGCCUUACAUUUCACCCUAUCUGGAGCUAUCACAUACCGCUUUCAGAAUCCUACAGCACACCCGCAAUAGGUUACUUCAACGACGAUUCAGUGCCAGAUGUCAUGAUCAACUACCAGACUGGACCAGGAUUCCCUAUCUACUUCUACACACAGACAACAGUCCUGGACGGUCGCACUGGGCAGCCCCUUCUGGAGCACGGCCCCGUUCGGAUGGCUGUGGGCACUCAGGCCUCGCCGCUAGUCCUUAGCGUGGCUGGCCGAGGCAACGAUGUGUUCCUCUACUGGGUUUCAGACUGUCACGGAGAACACACUGACGCCACCGCUAUGGAAUUUGAGUUUCUGCGCGGCACGAGUGUGUACAAACAGAGUCGCGCAGACUUCUGCAAGCUACGCUUCAAGGAGAAGCUGUUUACUCGCAUGUACGCUAUCAGCAGGCACACGGGCACUCCGGGCGUUCUUGUCUACGACUCAGAUGCCAAACGCUCCUUGGAGUACGGCAACGUUCCUAACUUUACAGCCAUUGGGAUCAGAUUCUUGGAACAGCAUCCAGAGCUCUCUGGAGAGGACCAAGGACCGGCAGAAGAAGCCGGGGACGAAUCGUUACAGAACGUGGAAGACCUGCCUUAUUCAAAAUGGCAGCCGCCCAUGAGGUCCUGGUACGAUGCCUCAGGGAGCCCCACACAAUGGGGACAAUACAUCCCUAGGUAUCCUCACGGCAGAAAGAAUCUGCCGCCCAAUCUGGAUGACCUGUACGCCUUCCAGGGGAGAGGCAUGCGGCGUCGUAUUUUGCGACACGUCGGCCCUCAUGACGGAGGAGGGGUUCAGAGAACUAUCUCAACAGGGGCUCUACUUCCCCCUCUGGGAGCCUCAGCACAGCACAAUCAGAGUAUGGACGUGGUGUUCGCUACCUUCUGGUUUUACCCGACGGACACUAACGUCCUCCUGCCAGAAGAUAGAAACUGCAUCGACCAGCUGCUCGAGCAAGAAGAGCAGCGGUUCCGGACAGACAGCGAGCUCUAUGGUAUGGAUCACGAUGCCUACGAAGAAUAUGCCACUGCGCAGUGUCUUCGUCGGAGUGGUCGGUUACAAGCUGACUCCAACGUGGAAGAUUCCUACGACCCGUUCAACCGCCUCAUGGGGCAGAUGACGGUGUAUCGUGUCAGACUCACGUGCGUGUGUGACAAGAAACGCAAUGAUGGCUUGUGUCCACAAGUAUUGCCCUUCAGGAAACAAGCCUGGCCAGCGUAUAUGGGUGCACAUGCAAAUGGCUAUGCGAUUCCACGUGUAUAACGUCCAGUUGCUGUCAGCCAGGCCCUUGCAGUCCAGGCUUACUCAGUCCAAACGAUUUUGUGCCGUCACGCGAAAACAGUAAAUGAGUGUUGACAUGGACCGGGCCUCUCACGGAUUUCGGCCACGAGCAAGGCGUGGACACUGCUUCAAGAUCAUUUUUUAUUAUGACUUCUUUGUUGUACACCCAAGAUCAGAUAAUGAGUGACAACUAAAAAAUCCCCUCUACAAAGAUAUCCUGGGCUCUGACAACUCAGAUUGCUUAGCAAACGAGAGAUAAACUAUGUACCUCGAUGUUCUCAUAAACAAGUACAGCUGA